AUGAGCCACCGUACCCCCCUCGAAAUCCGAAUGCUUAACCCAAAAGUGUUGGAAUGUACACAUAUAAGCAGCAAGUGGGUAAAGAGCACUGUCCGUGUGUUGUUUCAUGAUCGACGUCUGCAAUAAAGUGAGUACAAGCAGCUGGAGGGAUGGCGCUGGAACCGGCCAGGAGACAGAAUUCUGGAUCUUGAUACUACCCUCUCUAUGGGGAUAAUAGAGCCUCAAGCUAAUCCACUGGAGCUCAACACUAUUGAGUUCUUCUGGGAUCCUGUCAAAAAUGCCUCUAUAUUUAUUCAAGUAAACUGUAUUAGCACCGAGUUUACACCCAGGAAACACGGCGGAGAGAAGGGAGUUCCCUUCCGUAUUCAGGUAGAUACGUUUACACAGAAUGAGCAUGGAGAAUACAUGGAGCAUGUGCACUCUUCCAGCUGCCAAAUCAAAGUCUUCAAGCCAAAAGGGGCAAAUCGUAGGCUAAGGACAGACAGAGAGAAAAUUGAAAAAAAGAGUCUUCAAGACAGAGAAAAAUAUCAACCAUCAUUUGAAACUACUAUACUUACUGAGUGUUCUCCCUGGCCUGAUGGACCAUACAUCAACAGUGUAAGCAGCAGUCUAUCUCCCAUGUGCCACAUCUAAACUUCUCAUGUCUUCACAGAAGGAGACUGCUUUCCAAACCAGCAGAGGGAGCUACUCCUGCCCAGCUGCUCUGCUCAGCUUGUGCCAUCACUCUCCUCUCAUGAAGCACAGGAGUGGCUUCACCAGAACAGGUUCUCAUCUUUCUGUAGGCUUUUCUCAAACUUCUCAGGUGCAGAUUUGGUUAAGAUGAGCAAAAAUGACUUUGUUCAGAUCUGUGGUGCUGCUGAUGGGAUCCGCCUGUUUAACGCCAUCAAAGGAAGGUGUAUUCAACCACGCCUCACAGUGUAUGUUUCCCUGCAGAGAAACAAAAAUCAGCCAAACAGCAAGCCAAACAGUGAUGAGGUGUACCAUGCUUUGUCGUUGAAGCACUUGACACUUUUUGAGCUCACAGAGAAGAUAGCAAGUUUAUACAGUGUUCCGGUGCAGCAAAUCUGCCAUGUUUACAGACAAGGGCCAAUGGGUAUAUACAUCCUGGUUUCAGAUGAGAUGGUGAAGAAUUUCACAGAGGAAACAAGAUUCAUAAUAAGUGCUUUAAAAGUGGUGAUAGAUGGAAGUAACGAGAGGUAUCAUGUUGUCCUGAAGUGACCCAAGAUCACAGCUACAGGUUUCAUUUUUUUUUU